ACAAUCAAGCUUUUGUAAGUGUGCUGAAAUCUCUUCAUGACCUGAUAGAAACAUCAGUCCCAAUACAAACAGGCUCACAUGAACCAACACACUGAAUACAGAGACAAAUGUAAAUGUGUGAAUACAGGAGGAGCUCUGACAUCACUGUAGUUCAGAGAGAUUCAGAGAAAGUGAACCUUGAUCAACAGCAAUAUGGACGCCUGAGACGAUCAACUUCUUUAAACAACAGAAUAUUUAUUGAGUCGUUCAAAGAGCCUUGUGGACAAAUCUGAUACUCACAGAAUCAGGAAGUAAAUUACCUGCACACAGACAGACCUGCUAUAAGCAGGUUUAAAAAGGGGAAAAGCAAUGGCAGAAUCGGCAUCAAGAUCAUCAAAAGGAAGAGAGACCAGGAGACGGAGUAUAACUCCACCUCCAGUGAUGUCAUCCUCCAGCGGUCCACUGACUGAGGAGCUUCAGUGCUCGAUAUGUCUGGAUGUGUUCACUGAUCCAGUCAGCACUCCAUGUGGACACAACUUCUGCAAGACCUGUCUGAAUAAGUGCUGGGACAACAGCCAGACCUGCAACUGUCCAUACUGUAAAGAAACAUUCAAGAUCAGACCUGAUCUCAAGAUUAAUACCACACUCCGAGAAGUUGUAGAUCACUAUAAAAAGAAAAAACCUGAAGUUCUGUGUGACGUCUGUGAGGAAAGAAAGCUGGAAGCCCUGAAGUCGUGUCUGGUGUGUCAGAGCUCUUACUGUGAAACUCACCUGGAGCCUCAUUUGAGAGUGGCAGGUUUAAAGAAACACAAACUGAUCAAUCCUGUGAGGAAUCUGGAGGACUAUAUAUGUCAGAAACAUGAGAGACCUCUGGAGCUGUUCUGUAGAGAUGAUCAGACAAUCGUGUGUCCGAUCUGCACUGUAACAGAACACAAGAACCACAACACUGUUCCUAUAGAAGAGGAGAGUGAAGAGAAGAAGACUCAACUGAUGGAGACACAGAAAGACGUGCAGCAGAUGAUCCAGGACAGAAUCAAGAAGAUUCAAGAUGUCAAACACUCAGCAGAAGUCAGAAAAAGAAACAAAGAGAAGGAGAAAGCAGCCUGUGUUGAGCUCUUCACUGAUCUCAUCCGCUCCAUUGAGAGAUGUCAGACUGAACUGCUGGAGAUGAUGGAGGAGCAGCAGAAAGCAGCAGAGAAACAGGAGGAAGUGCUCAUUGAAGAGCUGGAGCAGGAGAUCACUGAGCUAAAGAUGAGAAACACUGAGCUGGAGCAGCUCUCACACACUGAAGAUCACCUCCACCUCCUACAGAUUUACUCAUCCCUGUGCAGCUCUAGAAACACCAGGAACUGGUCUGAGAUCAGUGUGAAGACUGAUGAGAGUCUGGAGACUCUGAGGAGAGCUCUGACUCAACUGCAGGACACUGUACAGGAGAAACUCACACUAACUGUCUCUACAGAUCUGAAGAGGAUGCAGCAGUAUGAAGUGGAUGUGACUCUGGAUCCUGAUACAGCUAAUUCAUAUCUCAUCCUGUCUGAUGAUGGAAAACAAGUGAGACAUGGAGACAUUAGACAGAAACUCCCAGACAAGCCAGAGAGAUUUGAUUUAUGUCCCUGUGUCCUGGGAAAGGAGGGAUUCUCCUCAGGGAGAUUUUAUUUUGAGGUGCAGGUGAAGAAAAAGACUGACUGGAGUUUAGGAGUGGCCAGAGAAUCCAUUGACAGGAACAGAGAGAUCACACUGAGUCCCAGUAAUGGAUGUUGGACUGUGGUUAUGAGGAAUGGGAAUGAAUAUUGGGCCUGUGCUGGUCCCUCGGUCUCUCUGUGUCUGAGAGUGAAGCCGCAGCGGGUCGGUGUGUUUGUGGAUUAUGAGGAGGGUCUGGUCUCCUUUUAUGAUGUGGAGUCCAGCUCUCAUAUCUACUCUUUCACUGGUCAGUCUUUCACUGAGAAACUCUAUCCAUAUUUUAGCCCAUCCAUAAACUAUGGAGGUAAAAACUCAACUCCACUGAUCAUCACACCUGUCAAAUACAAUAAAUGAAUUUAUACCCCAAUAUGAAAUACUUGAUGAAAAUAAUGCUUCAUGUAAUAAUGUUUAAAAACAUUAAAGUUAUGUGUUCUUACUCAAAGGAUGAGAAUCAUUUGUUGUAGCUGUUUUACAUCAAAGUGAUACAGCAUCUGAAUAAAGACUUUAUUUU